GACUACAGUUGUUCUCAAAGUCCAAACGUUUGAGGAAUAUAUAUCGACACUCGACUUGUUUACUAAAGUUGCUGUUGACGUAAUUUUUUCCCCCCUGCAGCACUCUACACUCAAGAUCCGUUUGGUCCUCCAUCAGCUGUCUCCCGAUGCCGUGAUCCUCACUCAGCUGCCCUCAAAGGCCACGGAAUGGAGGCGAGGUGUACCUCCCGCAAGAACCCGCGCGUGGUGACGCUGCCCGACGAACUGGUCGCCGAGAUCCUCGCGCGGGUGCCGUUCCGCUCCCUCUGCCAGUUGAGGUGCGUCUCCCAGUCAUGGCGGUCCCUCUGCUCCGAUCCCGCCGUCCUCCGCAGGUGCCCCCAGACUCUGGCCGGCUUCUUCUUCCGCACUCGACCCCAUCGCCGCUCCCGGUCCGUCCGCCAAUUCGUCAACGCGUCGGGGAGAGGCCCACCAAUGGUGAACCCUUCCCUGUCGUUCAUGCCCCCCGUCUACUCUCGCGCAAGCUUCCUCGACUCCUGCAAUGGACUUCUGCUGUGCAGACGCGACGACAUCCAAUCCCAGGUCGAUGCCUACUUUGUCUGCAAUCCGGCGACGGAGAACUGGAUGGUUUUGCCGGACCUACAAGUGACGAAGAGAAGGUUCUCUUUCCGCGCCUUUCGGUUGGGCUUCGAUCCAGCCGUGUCCUCCCACUUCAGAGUGUUCGUGCUUGAGAGUGACCCACGCCCCCCAAAAACCUGGGAUCACUUGAUGACAGGAGUGGAGAUCUUCUCGUCGGAGACUAGAGCGUGGUCGUACAGGCAGAGUGAGUGGGAUGGCGGCAAUGGGGCCGUGGUAGGAUGGGAUUCACUCUUCUUCAACGGAAUCCUCCAUUUGACAAGCCCUGGUUCCUCCUCAUUGCUCACGAUGGACAUGGACGGGAGGGCUUGGGGAAGAAUCCUCACUCCGCAUGAUUUUGACUUCAUGGGCGUCUCUCAAGGGCGCUUGCAUGCUGUGCACAGAACCAAGAAUGGAGGCGACGAGUGUAUCAGCAUCUGGGUUCUUGAGGAUUAUGCAGGACAACAGUGGACCCUGAAGCAUGCAGUCACUGCAAUGCAAAUGUUUGGGGCACGCAUUAGAAGCUUUGGGAACUCUUGCACCUUCAUUGUGCGUGCACUUCAUCCGGAACAUGGCUUGAUCUUCCUGACUGCAGGCAGGCUAAGAAGCCUCCUGGCUUACGACAUGGAUAAGAAGGAAGUGCGUUUUAUCUGGAAUCUUGGAGAGAACCAUAUAUUUGCACAAGCUUACGUGCCUUGCUUCUCAGAUUGGCUGUCAGAUGGACGUUAAAGUUAUCGCGCAGAUAUGCAUAUGUGAACUGUAUGUAUGCAUGCAAGCCUUCCGAGUUUCAAUGUGUACCUGUACUCUGCUGCCUAACUAUUGGGUUGAACCUACUUUGGUAAUUGGUACUCUAUUUGUUUUCUUUGAGCAAAAUUUAGUUACUGUAUGCAUUUGCUUUCAUCUACAGAGAUUUAUUGUUCUGAA